AUAGUGAUGCAGUUUACGGCCCACAAUCCGAAGACGUUCAGCUCACACCACGUCACCAGUCCCUGAAAAUUCGACCCAAUGAUCCCUUAGUUGUCAAUUUCACUUUCCAGUCGAUCUCUGACUAUCCGGUGGAUCUAUACUUUCUUACUGAUUUAAGCUACACGAUGAGUGACGACUUGGAAACUGUGUCUAAUAUGACAAACGAUAUUGUGCUGACUAUGCGCAACGUGACCAAAAAGUUGCAAAUGGGUUUUGGUGCGUUUGUGGACAAGCCAGUGUUCCCAUUUGUUGUGCCGACUCCACAGUAUCUUCAAAACCCUUGUUUGAAUGUGGGAACAAAGGAGUUGCAUUGUGAUCCGCCAUUUCUAUACAAACAUAUCCUGUCGUUGACAGACAACUUCGAAGAAUUCCGUGAAAAGACCAAAGUCACACGAAUUGCUCAAGUUCUGACCGACAAAGAUAUCAGUGUAAUUUUUGCCGUGGAUAACAAAUUACACUCAUUGUAUACAAAACUGGCCGCUUUUCUACCCAGUGCUGCUGUCGGUGUUCUUUCGGCUAGUUCUACAAAUAUUGUUGAUUUAUUGCGUGAUAACUAUGCCAAAAUUGCGAACAAAGCGGAAUUGAUGACAACAUACGAGUCGGAUUAUCUGGAAGUGAGUUCAUCUCUCUCUCUCUCUCUCUUGAAUUCUACUGCACUAUCCGCUUGUAUGUAUUUCGAUGUUUUUUCUUCCUUGUAUUGA